ACCAUAAACCUUCCCUGCCUGGUAGAGACUCUCUCUCAACUCUUCAAAGUAAUGAGCCUUUUUUUUUUCAACGGACUAAGCCACAAAUCCAACUUGUACUUUCUAUUCCUCGGAAUCUUCAGAUGAGUGACUUUUUUUUUUUUUUGGCAAACCUUCGGAUGAGUGACUUGGCUUCCGUUAUUUCAAUAUAACUAGGACAGACUUAGGGUUAUGCAUAUGUUCUGUUUUUUUUGUUGUUGUCUCUUGUUGUUUGGAACAGAUCUGCGAGAAGAAAACCAAUGGGAUUGUUUAUUCGUCUUGCCGCCGUGAAAGGGCUGAGGAAGAAGGUAGAAGGAGGAUGCAAAAGAAGAAGAAGAGGCAUCGUGAAGUCCGCCGGUUCGAGAUCAGCUACCUUUGAAGAGAUCCCCGAGGAGGUGUUGAUAGAGAUUCUGGCAAGAUUACCAGCGAAGUCGGUGAUGAGGUUCAAGUGCGUGUCAAAGCACUGGUCAUCCCUCAUCUCCUCCCGAUAUUUCACCAACCUUUUCUUCCAAGUGUCAUCACCGAAGCGAGAACCGCGUGUGUUCAUGUUUCUUUCAGACAAUGAACACCUUUGUGCGUUGCUCUCUAAUAAUAAUAACUUUAUAUCAGACUCUUACCCUCAUCUCAACCAAGAUCUGACCAUGCCGGGAAUGGGAGGCUGCUUUGUAAACGCACUUCGUGGCUUAAUGUGUUUCAGAGUUGGGCGAGAGGUACGGAUCUGUAACCUCACCACCAGGCAGCUCCUGAAAUUGCCCCGAGUGAAAUCUAACAUUUUGGAUGAAGCUGGAGGCGAGUUCCGUAUGUGGAACUAUUUUGGGCACGACUCUGUUCACGAUGAGUACAAAGUGCUCAGCACAGUUUGUGAGGUGAAUGAGGAAGAGAGAGUAGUGAGAUCCGAGCAUAAGGUUUUGAUACUUGGUCUUGGAGCUUAUUGGAGAAGCACUCAGAGCACAACUCCUCCUCCUCCUCCUCAUCGUCCUUACUCUCAAGGUAUCUCGAUCAACGGUGUCUUGUAUUAUGGAGCUUGGGUUGACAAGAACACAUGUGUGCUCAUGAGUUUUGACUUGACUUCUGAGGAGUUCAGUUUGAUUGAAUUACCCAUUGAGGCUAGCAUUGUCUGGCAUGUCCAUCGGGCUAAUCUCAUGAUCUACGAAAGUAAGAUAGCUGUUUUCGAGUAUUCACGUCUCAUGACUGAAUGUAUUCUAGACCUGUGGGUGGUUGAGGAUGCAGGGAAGAGUAAAUGGUCGCAUAAGGCUUUUGUUUUGCCUAGUCACCAGCUUAUGCAAUGCCUCAGUUUUGAUGUAUUGUUGAUGCACAAUACCGGUCGCAGCAGAGAGCUCAGGUUGUCUGGGACAAGCAUUGAUAGAACUAAAGUAUCAUCAAUACAUGCUAUUUACGAUUUAGAAAAGAACGGUGUAUCAAGAGGGGUUGUUAUAGGGGCACUACACCCCAAGUUCUCUGGAACCCGGUCUUUGCAUACCACUCUUUGGGAUGAUGUUGAGAGCAUCAUGUGUUUGAAAACCUUAAACUAAUUUCAGCUUCUUCUCUU